GAGCACUGUUUCAGGUUCCCAGUCGAUUUUCCAGACAACUUUCCUUAGGCUAGUACACGGACUGUGACACGUACCCAACAGUUUACGUGUGUUGAAUAACUACUUGGGGUAGGGAAAAGGAGGGGAAUUGUACUAUUAGGGUGACAUCCCUGUCAAAAUAUCAAGUGUUUGUAUAACCGAGUUGGAAGCAUGAAGGCAGGGGCGUGCGACAAUGCUAAUGCAGGUAUGUAACAAGGGCCAGCAUUGUUGUUGUUUUGUAACCAGUGAUCAUUGAGAAGCUCUGCUUUCAGGAAAUUGUUACAGGGUUUAUAGUAGUCAGCAUAUCCGAACCGCUUGCUUUCAGCUGCACUAGGGUCGACAGCAUUCUUGUGUAUAUUAAGACACCAUGGAGUCGCUCGGAAAAGGGAAAACAUACCUCAAUACAGGGAUAAGAAAUGCGUUGUUCUCCGAAUUGUCCCAUUAUCCCAACUGUUACACAAAUAAGAUUGAACAACUUUUAGUUUUUAAAUAAACUGCUGUUUUCCUCCUCAUGCUAAGAAGCAGUGGCAACAGCAGCCAGAAUGGCAAAUUGUGUUGAACAUAGGAGCUGAUUGGUAGGCCGUCAUUGUAAAUAAGAAAUUGUUCUUAAUUAACUUGCCUAGUUAAAUAAAGGUUAAAUAAUAAAUAAAAAUUGCUGCUGUGGCUUCUGCUACCUAGCAUGAGGACGAAAAUGACAGUUUCUAGAAAAACGAGCAGUCGUUCAAUCUUCUCAGUGUAACAGUUAGGAUAAUGGGACAAUUAGGGGUAUAACGCAUUUCUCGUCUCAGGAUUGAGGUACGUUUUGGGAGCCAUAUCUCGCGCCAGCUCCGCAGUGUCUUAAUAUACACGGCAUAUGCUUUCCGACCCUAGUGCAGCUGUAAGUAAGCGGGUCGGAUCUGCUGACUAGGUUUAUAACAAUAUGAUACAUUGAUUAUCAUGAGUUACAUUGCAUCCCAGUUAUUGAAUUGCAAUAUACACAAUCAGCAUAUAAUCAGGAACAACAAAGGACUUAUAGUUCCUUAUGAAUUAUAAUACACUGUGGCAUAAAUACUGUACACAUACCUGUGGCAUUCUUGUGAACAGUAGGGUAAAGGUGUUUCUCAGAAGUGUGAAUUGGUAUGCAUAUUUUCCCCUUCUCUCUUAGGUGCUCCUUUCAUUGAGCAGUCCUCAGGACAGGGAGACUCGUCUGGGAGCAGUGAUGAAGGGGAAGGGACCAUGGACAAGGACCCAGUACCAGCAGCAGAGAGGGCAGUGGAGACUGAGAGCAUGAUGAAACGGCUGUUUGGGUUUGAGAAGGAGGACCUGUCCUCCUGGCAUCGCUUGGUGUGUCUCCUAAACCGCCCCACUGACCCUGCUUCUCUGGGCAUCUUCCGCUUCCUGUUUGGUGAGCUCUGUCAUCUCCACUAAGUUUAGUUACCCUUGGUCAAAAUGGCUGCAGGGUCUGGCAUUUUAAUUUGUGCCUGAGAAUCGAAUAAAUCGCAUUAAGAAGUUGAGUUUCAUAUGCAAGUCAAAUAAUCUGCUGGUGGUCAGGUGAGUGUAGUCUUGUGUAAUAUCUCUUGUUGUUCUAAUCUUCUGUGUGUCUUCCCCUGUCUCUGUCCCCAGGCAUGAUAAUGGCUAUAGACAUUACACAGGAGCGAGGCCUUAGCCACCUGGAUUACAAGUACCUGGAUGGGGCUCCUGUUUGCCGCUUCCCUCUCUUCAACUUCCUGCAGCCGCUGCCUCUUGAUUAUAUGUACCUGGUCUAUGUGGUGAUGCUCUUUGGUAGGUCAAGUUCUGAAUCAGUGAUUGGAACAGCUGCUGUAUGUUGUCCCCUUUGUGUGUGGGUUUAUGUGAUAGUGUUGAUAUGCUUUCAUCUUUUUAAUGUGUGUUGAUGGAUGUCUUUUUAUAGGUGCUGUGGGAAUCAUGUUGGGCUGUUUCUACCGCCUCUCCUGUCUCAUGUUCAUAUCCACCUACUGGUACAUCUUCUUCCUGGACAAAACAGCAUGGAACAACCACUCUUACCUCUACGGCCUCAUUGGCUUCCAGCUCACAUUCAUGGACGCCAACAGAUACUGGUGAGUUGCAGAACUCUUAUGAAACCAUUACUAUACAUUUGUUAAACAGAUAAUAUAUUUGUUAGAUUGAAGUUGUUUGUAUCUUUCCGUGUGAGUGUGUUUGCCUGCAUGCAUUUAUGUACAUACAGUAUAUUAUUAUUUUCAGGUCAAUAGAUGGAUUACGUAAUCCUAAAAAAAAGAAUGGCCAAGUGCCACUUUGGAACUACACUCUUCUGAGGUUUCAGGUCUGUUGAGUUCAUGGACACUUUACUUUACUACUCUAUCAAGGGUAUCUGCCUUAUAACAUGUGUAUGAUAAACUUUGAGGACACUACAAUAAUAUGAAAAUCUUCAUCUUUUUCCUUGGUAGAUUUUCAUAGUAUACUUCAUUGCUGGAAUCAAGAAACUGGAUGCAGACUGGGUACAGGGAUACUCCAUGUCAUACUUGGCACACCAUUGGCUUUUUGACCCUUUCAGGUUAGUUAACAUUUUUAGAUUACAUUUUAGUAAUUUAGCAGACAUGCUUAUCUAGAGCGACUUACAGCAGUGAGUGCAUAUAUUUUCGUAUUUUUUCAUACUGGUCCCCCGUGGGAAUCAAACCCACAACCCUGGUAUUAAAAGCGCCAUGCUUAGGGCCAGGUGUCCCCCCCUUUUUCAUGUAUUCUACCCUGCAUUUCGAUCAUCCGACCUCAAGAGGCCAAUAAGGCACCUGCUCACACCACCUGUGAAUUGUCACGUGUGCAUUCAAUGACCAUCUAACUUUUAUUUUUUUUCGCUAUAGAAAUACAUGUAAAAACGUACACUACAGGUCAAAAGUUUAGAACACCUACUUCUUCAAGGGUUUUUCUUUAUUUUUACUAUUUUCUACAUUGUAGAAUAAUAGUGAAGACAUCAAAACUAUUAAAUAACACAUAUGGAAUCAUGUAGUAACCAAAAAAGUGUUAAACUAAUCUUAACAUAUUUUAGAUUAUUCAAAGUAGCCACCCUUUGCCUUGACAGCUUUGCACACUUAUUUUCUUUCUUCAAAACAUAGGUUUAAUCUCAAUUUUAGAUAUAAUUGUAAUAUACAUGCCAUAAUGUAUUGUAAGGUGUGUUGGACAAAUAUAUUUAUUUUGGCAUGGCAGUAUUGUAUUGAUCUACUGUCAGUUUGAUCUACAGUGAUGGCUUACCUUUACACUCGUCUUUGCAGUCAUUCAUUAUAUAAUGCUGUAAUAUCCUCACUCAUAUAAUGUCAAUUCGUUUUUUACCAUUAGUGUCUGUGCAUCCAUUUGUACAUUAUACAGAGAUUAUUCCACCAUGCUUAUCGUUAUUAAAACGUGCAUUUUCAAAAGCUGGAUGUUUAUAAGGUGUGUGUUGGUGCAUUACUAUCAAGUUCAACUCUACUGAAAAUGUUCUGAUGAAUUGCCAAAAGACAGCUAGGUAAAGGAUAAUUCAGGCUAAAAGUAAAUCCCAAUGCAAUUCCAUCCUUUUUUACCAUCUGCUUGAAUUUUCAUAUAAAAACUGAAAUAGUGAUGGAGGGAAAGACAAUCACAGAACAUGCGUAGUUCACACAAAACAAACAGCACAGAGAUCAUGCUAGAGGAUAGAGGAACAGGUUGCAAAUAUUCAGAGUACUGAGGCAGAAUAAAGACUCCAAUCAUACAACAGCUAGGCUAUCAGGACAAGUAAUAAAUACCUUCACACAUAGUUACCGGUAUUUUGUAUGUUAGACAGUUCUGUAAUGGCAUAGGUCUGCUGAGUAAGUUCAGCUGGCUGUCUGGUCUGUAGGUUCAACCAAUAAACAGUAAGUGCUACAUAGAAACAUACAGUCAGUUUGCAGGGGAUGUGUAGUUUCUUUGACUCUGAGCGGGAGUAUAUCCCCCACCCUCCCCGACAGCACGGACUCAAAUUAAUCUUUUACCAGGACCCAAAUCUAAUUCCUGCAAGCUGUACAACCCCCAUGUCAUACUUGGCACACCAUUGGCUUUUUGACCCUUUCAGGUUAGUUAACAUUUUUAGAUUACAUUUUAGUAAUUUAGCAGACAUGCUUAUCUAGAGCGACUUACAACAGUGAGUGCAUAUAUUUUCGUAUUUUUUCAUACUGGUCCCCCGUGGGAAUCAAACCCACAACCCUGGUAUUAAAAGCGCCAUGCUUAGGGCCAGGUGUCCCCCCCUUUUUCAUGUAUUCUACCCUGCAUUUCGAUCAUCCGACCUCAAGAGGCCAAUAAGGCACCUGCUCACACCACCUGUGAAUUGUCACAUGUGCAUUCCAUGACCAUCUAACUUUUAUUUUUUUUCGCUAUAGAAAUACAUGUAAAAACGUACACUACAGGUCAAAAGUUUAGAACACCUAUUUCUUCAAGGGUUUUUCUUUAUUUUUACUAUUUUCUACAUUGUAGAAUAAUAGUGAAGACAUCAAAACUAUUAAAUAACACAUAUGGAAUCAUGUAGUAACCAAAAAAGUGUUAAACAAAUCAUAAUAUAUUUGAGAUUCUUCAAAUAGCCACCCUUUGCCUUGAGGACAGAUUUGCACACUCUUGGCAUUCUCUCAACCAGCUUCACCUGGAAUGCUUUUCCAACACUCUUGAAGGAGUUCCCACAUAUGCUGAGCACUUGUUGGCUGCUUUUCCUUCACUCUGCGGUCCGACUCAUGCCAAACCAUCUCAAUUUGGUUGAGGUCGGGGUAUUGUGGAGGCCAGGUCAUCUGAUGCAGCACUCCAUCACUCUCCUUCUUGGUAAAAUAGCCCUUACACAGCCUGGAGGUGUGUUGGGUCAUUGUCCUGUUGAAAAACAAAUUAUAGUCCCACUAAGCCCAAACCAGAUGGGAUGGCGUAUCGCUGCAGAAUGCUGUGGUAGCCAUGCUGGUUAAGUGUGCCUUGAAUUGUAAAUAAAUCACAGACAGUGUCCCCAGCAAAGCACCAUAACACCACCUCCUCCAUGCUUUACGGUGGGAAAUAAACAUGCGGAUAUCAUCCAUUCACCCACACCGUAUCUCACAAAGACACGGCGGUUGGAACCAAAAAUCUCCAAUUUGGACUCCAGACCAAAGGACACAUUUCCACCGGUCUAAUGUCCAUUGCUCAUGUUUCUUGGCCCAAGCAAGUCUCUUCUUCUUUUUGGUGUCCUUUAUUAGUGGUUUCUUUGCAGCAAUUCGACCAUGAAGGCCUGAUUCACACAGUCUCAUCUGAACAGUUGAUGUUGAGAUGUGUCUGUUACUUGAACUCUGUGAAGCAUUUAUUUGGGCUGCAAUUUCUGAGGCAGGUAACUCUAAUGAACUUAUCCUCUGCAGCAGAGGUAACUCUGGGUCUUCCAUUCCUAUGGCGAGCCUCAUGAGAGCCAGUUUCAUCAUAGCGCUUGAUGGUUUUUGGGACUGCACUUGAAGAAACUUUCAAAGUUCUUGACAUUUUCCAUAUUGACUGACCUUCAUGUCUUAAAGUAAUGAUGGACUGUCGAUCUCUUUGCUUAUUUGAGCUGUUCUUGCCAUAAUGUGGACUUGGUCUUUUACUAAAUAGGGCUAUCUUCUGUAUACCUUGUCACAACAACUGAUUGGCUCAAACGCAUUAAGAACUAAAUAAAUUCCACAAAUUAACUUUUAACAAGGCACACCUGUUAAUUGAAAUGCAUUCCAGGUGACUACCUCAUGAAGCUGGUUGAGAGAAUUCCAAGAGUGUACGAAGCUGUUAUCAAGGCGAAGGGUGGCUAUUUGAAGAUUCUGAAAUAUAAAGUAUAUUUUGAUUUGUUUAACACUUUUGUGGUUACUACAUGAUUCCAUAUGUGUUAUUUCAUGGUUUUGAUGUCUUCACUAUUAUAAAAAUGAAUGCACACAUGACUGUAAGUCGCUUUGGAUAAAAGCGUCUGCUAAAUGGCAUAUUAUUAUUAUUAUUAUUCUACAAUGUAGAAAAUAGUAAAAAUAAAAAAAAAACCUUGAAUGAGUAGGUGUUCUAAAACUUUUGAACAGCAGUGUAAAUGCUGAGGAUAUGGCUUAGUGCCAACAUCACUCUCAAAAAAGUAAACACACAUGUAAAGAACGGAGGCGCAGACUAGUCAAAAAAACACAAAGCAUCUCCAUAAUAACGGACGAAUCCACUGACACACAAGACCGAUAUGUUCUUCAUAUUUUCAAGGACAACUGGGUGAAGACGUUAAAGUUUUUCUGGCUGAUACAGUGUAUUUACAGGCAGGGAACUAUUCAACAGUGUCAGAAUAUCAUUCCGAGGACCUGCGCUUUUACGUGCGCUUUGUAGAGUCGGAGAAGCGUAUCUCCAAACAAUGCGGUCUUAACAGAGUUGGAGAAGUUGUUGGGUUAUUUCUAUAACUAAUGAAAAUAGGCUAGACAUUUAUGUUCUGAAAAGUCAACAUUUUCCCCUCUAAAUGUUCUGAUAUAAAAUGCCUAUCAAACCCAUAUGUUAAGAACAGACAAUGAAUACGUUGUGAAAUAUUUGUGUUGAUUGGUGUUGUCUUGUUCUGUAAGGAUGAGACUGUUUCGAUAUGUCCUCCACAACCUUCUAUGGUAGAAGCAUUCUCAUAAUCUAAGGCUAAGUUACAGGUUUUGCACAAUAUAUUGUUGUCUGCAAAGAGCGCCCCAGCGGGGUAUUGUCGCGCUCUUUUAUUGAAGCGAUAUUCUGAUUUGGAAUUUUGUAUAUAAUUUAAUUAAAAAAAUUUCUGGUUGGAUUCAUAGUCCCCUUUUAACUGUACUAAUUGCCCCACUUUUAUAACCUCAGAUCAGGGAUUGAGUCUGUUGGAGAGGAUCAGUUUGAGCAAAGUGAGGUGUAGAAUCACUGAUCUAAAAAUAGUAUUCCCUGCCAAAUAAUAGGCUUUGUGCAAUUAAGAUUCGUAUGCCACGCCUCCCCUGGUUUAGGACGCACAACCAGACAUUGAAUGAUUGAUUGGAGAUAGCUUGUGUCAAUUAAAGAGCAUUUCCUAGGAUUUCUGCCUGCAGCAAAACUAGUGGAUAAUACUGGAAAUACUGGUAAAAGAAAACCCCCACAAAAAAAAAAACUAAAACGCCUGGCUCUAACCAUGCUCUACUAACUGAGCCACACAGGACCAUACAAAUGGUAUUUAUCAGACUUCAAUACAAAUGUAUUGAGGGCCAUGCUCCGUCAUCUUUUGGAACGGCUUAAAUAAAACUGCCCCAUGUGGGAUUGUAAGUAUUUCUUUACCCUUUGCGUCUGUCCCACAGGAUGAUUCUUCCUAAUGAAAUGGUGAGUCUGCUGGUGAUCCAUGGAGGUGGUCUUUGUCUGGACCUGUCUGCCGGCUACCUGCUGUUUUUUGAUGCCACACGCCCUUUUGGCAUUUUCUUUGUCAGCUACUUCCACUGCAUGAACUCCCAACUCUUCAGCAUCGGUGAGAGUCUUUUCAGUCAUCAUAAUAUAAGAGGUCAUACAAUAAGUUUUGUAGUGCUCCUAUGUUGUAAAUAAUAUUUGUUGGUCCGUGGUGUGUAAUGAGGAGCAAACAGACGUUGCACUUGACACAUUUAUGAAAUUGCUUAUCCCAGUUACUAAUAAGCAUGUACCAAUUAAGAAAAUGACUGUAAAAACUGUUAAAUCCCUGUGGAUUGAUGAGGAAUUGAAAAAUUGUAUGGUUGAGGGGGAUGAGGCAAAAGGAAUGGCAAAUAAGUCUGGCUGCACAACUGAUUGGCAAACGUGCUGCAAAUUGAGAAAUCAUGUGACUAAACUGAAUAAAAAGAAGAAGAAACUACACUAUGAAACAAAGAUAAAUUACAUAAAGAAUUAUAGUAAAAAGCUUUGGAGCACCUUCAAUGACAUUUUUGGGGAAAAGGCAAACUCGGCUCCAUCAUUCAUUGAAUCAGAUGGCACAUUCAUCACAAAACCGACUGAUAUUGCCAGCUACUUUAAUUAUUUUUUCAUUGGCAAGAUUAGCAAACUUAGGCAUGACAUGCCAGCAACAAACGCUGACACUACACAUCCAAGUAUAUCUGACUAAAUGAUGAAAGACAAGAAUUGUAAUUUAGAAUUCCGUAAAGUGAGUGUGGAAAAGGUGAUCUUUAUUUAUUUAUUGUUGUCUAUCAACAAUGACAAGCCACCGGGGUCUGACAACUAGGAUGGAAAAUUACUGAGGAUAAUAGCGGACGAUAUUGCCACUCCUAUUUGCCAUAUCUUCAAUUUAAGCCUACUAGAAAGUGUGUGGCCUAGAGGGAAGCAAAAGUCAUUCCGCUACCUAAGAAUAGUAAAGCCCCCUUUACUGGCUCAAAUGGCCGACCAAUCAGCCUGUUACCAACCCUUAGUAAAGUUCUGGAAAAAAUUGUGUUUCACCAGAUACAAUGCUAUUUUACAGUAAACAAAUUGAUAAAAGACUUUCAGCAUGCUUAAAGGGAAGGACAUUCAACAAGCACAGCACUUACACAAAUGACUGAUGAUUGGCUGAGAGAAAUUGAUGAUAAAACAAUUGUAGGGGCUGUUUUGUUAGACAUCAGUGCGGCUUUUGACAUUAUCGAUCAUAGCCUGCUGCUGGAAAAGCAUGUGUUAUGGCUUUACACUGCCUGCUAUAUUGUGGAUGAAGAUUUACCUGUCUAACAGAACACAGAGGGUGUUCUUUAAUGGAAGCCUCUCCAACAUAAUCCAGGUAGAAUCAGGAAUUCCCCAUGGCAGCUGUCUAGGCCCCUUAAUUUUUUCAAUCUUUACUAACGGCAAGCCACUGGCUUUGAGUAAAGACAGUGUGCCUAUGUAUGCGGAUGACUCAACACAAUACACAUCAGCUACUACAGCGUCUGAAAUGACUGCAACACUUAACAAAGAGCUGCAGUUAGUUUCAGAAUGGGUGGCAAGGAGUAAGUUAGUCCUAAAUAUUAAAAAAACUAAAAGCAUUGUAUUUGGGACAAAUCAUUCACUAAAUCUUGUAAUAAAUAAUGUGGAAAUUGAGCAAGUUUAGGUGACUAAACUGCUUGGAGCAACCCUGGAUUGUAAACUGUCAUGGUCAAAACAUAUUGAUACAACAGUAGCUAAGAUGGGGAAAAGUCUGUCCAUAAUAAAGCGCUGCUCUACCGCAGGUAGAGGUCCUACAGGCUCUAGUUUUGUCGCACCUGGACUACUGUUCAGUCGUGUGGUCAGGUGCCACAAAGAGGGACUUAAGAAAAUUGCAGUUGGCUCAGAACAGGGCAGCACGGAUGGCCCUUGGAUGUACACAGAGAGCAAACAUUAAUAAUAUGCAUGUCAAUCUCUCCUGGCUCAAAGUGGAGGAGAGAUUGACUUAAUCACUACUUGUAUUUGUGAGAGGUAUUGACAUGUUGAACACACCGAGCUGUCUGUUUAAACGACUAGCACACAGCUCAGACACCCAUGCAUACCCCACAAGAAAUGCCACCAGAGGUCUCUUCACAGUCCCCAAGUCCAGAACAGACUAUGGGAGGCGCACAGUACUACAUAGAGCCAUGACUACAUGGAACUCUAUUCCACAUCAGGUAACUGAUGCAAGCAGUAGAAUCAGAUUUUAAAAACCAGAUAAAAAUAAACCUUAUGGAACAGCGGGGACUGUGAAGCAACGCAAACAUAGACACAUGCAUACACACACAUGAUAACAUACGCACACUUACGCAAGGACUUUGUGAUGUAGAUAUUUGGUAGUGGAGUAGGGGCCUGAGGGCACACACUUAGUGAGUUGUGAAAUCUGUUAUGAAUGUAUUGUAAUGUUUUUAUUAAAUUGUAUAACUGCCUUAAUUUUGCCGGACCCCAGGAACAGUAGCUGUUGCCUUGGCGGCAGCUAAUGGGGAUCCGUAAUAACUACAAAUAAUGAGAAUAGCAAAUGUUACUGUAUAAUAGAAGCUACAUAAUUCAACACUGUAUGUAUAGUGAGGGAAAAAAGUAUUUGAUCCCCUGCUGAUUUUGUACGUUUGCCCACUGACAAAGACAUGAUCAGUCUAUAAUUUUAAUGGUAGGUUUAUUUGAACAGCGAGAGACAGAAUAACAACAAAAAAAUCCAGAAAAACACAUGUCAAAAAUGUUAGAAAUUGAUUUGCAUUUUAAUGAGGGAAAUAAGUAUUUGACCCCUCUGCAAAACAUGACUUAGUACUUGGUGGCAAAACCCUUGUUGGCAAUCACAGAGGUCAGAAGUUUCUUGUAGUUGGCCACCAGGUUUGCACACAUCUCAGGAGGGAUUUUGUUCCACUCUCUUUGCAGAUCUUCUCCAAGUCAUUAAGGUUUCGAGGCUGACGUUUGGCAACUCGAAUCUUCAGCUCCCUCCACAUAUUUUCUAUGGGAUUAAGGUCUGGAGACUGGCUAGGCCACUCCAGGACCUUAAUGUGCUUCUUCUUGAGCCACUCCUUUGUUGCCUUGGCCGUGUGUUUUGGGUCAUUGUCAUGCUGGAAUACCCAUCCACGACCCAUUUUCAAUGCCCUGGCUGAGGGAAGGAGGUUCUCACCCAAGAUUUGACAGUACAUGGCCCCGUCCAUCAUCGCUUUGAUGCGGUGAAGUUGUCCUGUCCCCUUAGCAGAAAAACACCCCCAAAGCAUAAUGUUUCCACCUCCAUGUUUGACGUGGGGAUGGUGUUCUUGGGGUCAUAGGCAGCAUUCCUCCUCCUCCAAACACGGCGAGUUGAGUUGAUGCCAAAGAGCUCGAUUUUGGUCUCAUCUGACCACAACACUUUCACCCAGUUCUCCUCUGAAUCAUUCAGAUGUUAAUUGGCAAACUUCAGACGGCCCUGUAUAUGUGCUUUCUUGAGCAGGGGGACCUUGCGGGCGUUGCAGGAUUUCAGUCCUUCACGGCGUAGUGUGUUACUACAGUGGGGAAAAAAAGUAUUUAGUCAGCCACCAAUUGUGCAAGUUCUCCCACUUAAAAAUAUGAGAGAGGCCUGUAAUUUUCAUCAUAGGUACACGUCAACUAUGACAGAGAAAGUGAGGAAAAAAAAUCCAGAAAUUCACAUUGUAGGAUUUUUAAUGAAUUUAUUUGCAAAUUAUGGUGGAAAAUAAGUAUUUGGUCAAUAACAAAAGUUUCUUAAUACUUUGUUAUAUACCCUUUGUUGGCAAUGACACAGGUCAAACGUUUUCUGUAAGUCUUCACAAGGUUUUCACACACUGUUGCUGGUAUUUUGGCCCAUUCCUCCAUGCAGAUCUCCUCUAGAGCAGUGAUGUUUUGGGGCUGUCGCUGGGCAAUACGGACUUUCAACUCCCGCCAAAGAUUUUCUAUGGGGUUGAGAUCUGGAGACUGGCUAGGCCACUCCAGGACCUUGAAAUGCUUCUUAUGAAGCCACUCCUUCGUUGCCCGGGCGGUGUGUUUGGGAUCAUUGUCAUGCUGAAAGACCCAGCCACGUUUCAUCUUCAAUGCCCUUGCUGAUGGAAGGAGGUUUUCACUCAAAAUCUCAUGAUACAUGGCCCCAUUCAUUCUUUCCUUUACACGGAUCAGUCGUCCUGGUCCCUUUGCAGAAAAACAGCCCCAAAGCAUGAUGUUUCCACCCCCAUGCUUCACAGUAGGUAUGGUGUUCUUUGGAUGCAACUCAGCAUUCUUUGUCCUCCAAACACGACGAGUUGAGUUUUUACCAAAAAGUUAUAUUUUGGUUUCAUCUGACAUUCUCCCAAUCCUCUUCUGGAUCAUCCAAAUGCACUCUAGCAAACUUCAGACGUGCCUGGACAUGUACUGGCUUAAGCAGGGGGACACGUCUGUACUGCAGGAUUUGAGUCCCUGGCAGCGUAGUGUGUUACUGAUGGUAGGCUUUGUUACUUUGGUCCCAGCUCUCUGCAGGUCAUUCACUAGGUCCCCCCGUGUGGUUCUGGGAUUUUUGCUCACCGUUCUUGUGAUCAUUUUGACCCCACAGGGUGAGAUCUUGCGUGGAGCCCCAGAUCGAGGGAGAUUAUCAGUGGUCUUGUAUGUCUUCCAUUUCCUAAUAAUUGCUCCCACAGUUGAUUUCUUCAAACCAAGCUGCUUACCUAUUGCAGAUUCAGUCUUCCCAGCCUGGUGCAGGUCUACAAUUUUGUUUCUGGUGUCCUUUGACAGCUCUUUGGUCUUGGCCAUAGUGGAGUUUGGAGUGUGACUGUUUGAGUUUGUGGACAGGUGUCUUUUAUACUGAUAACAAGUUCAAACAGGUGCCAUUAAUACAGGUAACGAGUGGAGGACAGAGGAGCCUCUUAAAGAAGAAGUUACAGGUCUGUGAGAGCCAGAAAUCUUGCUUGUUUGUAGGUGACCAAAUACUUAUUUUCCACCAUAAUUUGCAAAUAAAUUCAUUAAAAAUCCUACAAUGUGAUAUUCUGGAUUUUUUUCCCUCAUUUUGUCUGUCAUAGUUGACGUGUACCUAUGAUGAAAAUUACAGGCCUCUCUCAUCUUUUUAAGUGGGAGAACUUGCACAAUUGGUGGCUGACUAAAUACUUUUUUUCCCCACUGUAAUUGUUUUCUUGGUGACUAUGGUCCCAGCUGCCUUGAGAUCAUUGACAAGAUCCUCCCGUGUAGUUCUGGGCUGAUUCCUCACCGUUCUCAUGAUCAUUGCAACUCCACGAGGUGAGAUCUUGCAUGGAGCCCCAGGCCGAGGGAGAUUGACAGUUAUUUUGUGUUUUUUCCAUUUGCGAAUAAUCGCACCAACUGUUGUCACCUUCACACCAAGUUGCUUGGCGAUGGUCUUGUAGCCCAUUCCAGCCUUGUGUAGGUCUACAAUCUUGUCCCUGACAUCCUUGGAGAGCUCUUUGGUCUUGGCCAUGGUGGACAGUUUGGAAUCUGAUUGAUUGAUUGCUUCUGUGGACAGGUGUCUUUUAUACAGGUAACAAGCUGAGAUUAGGAGCACUCCCUUUAAGAGUGUGCUCCUAAUCUCAGCUCGUUACCUGUAUAAAAGACACCUGGGAGCCAGAAAUCUUUCUGAUUGAGAGGGGGUCAAAUACUUAUUUCCCUCAUUAAAAUGCUUAUCAAUUUAUAACAUUUUUGACAUGCGUUUUUCUGGAUUUUUUUUUUGUUAUUCUGUCUCUCACUGUUCAAAUAAACCUACCAUUAAAAUUAUAGACUGAUCAUUUCUUUGUCAGUGGGCAAACGUACAAAAUCAGCAGGGGAUCAAAUACUUUUUUCCCUCACUGUAUAGUCCGUUGCACUCUGGGAUGAUGUCCCAUUUUGGAUGGUUGCUUGUAGCCGUGGUGCAUAAUCAUUAGAGGAUUCCAUAGAUAAGGAAAUAAGAUUAAUGUUCACUUGUACUGAGGGCAACAUAAUGCAAGCAGACUCCUGUGGCCCAGAGGACGUUUUCAAAACAAUAUUUUCUUUAAUGAUCCACUAUUUAAGUUAAUCUAUAACCCCCUAUUGAUCACAAAUGCUACUAUUAUUGUCCUUUAUUUUAUCUCCAGGUAUGUUUGCCUACACUAUGCUGGCCACGAGUCCUCUCUUCUGCUACCCUGACUGGCCCAGGCACUUCUUUGCCCGCUUCCCAAAGAUCCUCAGGCCUGUGCUGCCGAUCACGUCUCCUCCCCCACAGCCCAGCACCUCCUGUGUUUACCCAGAGACCCAGCACACAUCUACGGGACCACAGGACACCCCUCCUGCCCCCGUGGCCUCCAAAACACAGUUUAAACACAAGCUGGCAACCCUGUUCACCAUUCUGUACCUGGCUGAACAGUUCUUCCUGCCUUACUCUCACUUCAUCACACAGGUACUACUCCUGUAGAAAUGGAAGAUGCGUUUACAGUGACCAACUUGUAGUCCUUUCCAUGUAUUGAAUCAAGAAAUCGGCAGCAUUUGAUUUGAAUGCCUUGAUUUAAAUGUCACAGUUGUGAGUCACUGAGUGUACCGCUGUCAGCUAAAGUUAUUUCCCAACCCUACGGGUUACCAGAAUAAUUGCUCAAUCAGUGUCAACACUGCUAUCAGUCUGCAGUAAACAGUAGUGUGGAGUAGCUUGAGUCAGCAGAACGGGGGUUCGUUUCCCACGGGGGGCCAGUAUGAAAAUGUAUGCACUCACUAAUUGUAAGUCACUCUGGAUAAGAGCGUCUGCUAAAUGACUACAAUGUAAAUGACUACAAUGUAGUAUAUUUUCUUUUUGAGAUUCUUCAAAUAGCCACCCUUUGCACACUCUUGGCAUUCUCUCAACCAGCUUCAUGAGGUAGUCACCUGGAAUGCAUUUCAAUUAACAGGUGUGCCUUGUUAAAAGUUAAUUUGUGGAAUUUCUUUCCUUCUUAAUGCGUUUGAGCCAAUCAGUUGUGUUGUGACAAGGUAGGGGGGUAUACAGAAGAUAGCCCUAUUUGGUAAAAGACCAAGUCCAUAUUAUGGCAAGAACAGCUCAAAUAAGCAAAGAGAAACGAAAGUCCAUCGUUACUUUAAGACAUGAAGGUUAGUCAAUACAGAACAUUUCAAGAACUUAGAAAGUUUCUUAAAGUGCAGUCUCAAAAACCAUCAAAUGCUAUGAUGAAAUUGGCUCUCAUGAGGACCGCCACAGGAAUGGAACACCCAGAGUUACCGCUGCUGCAGAGGAUAAGUUCAUUAGCGUUACCAGCCUCAGAAAUUGCAGCCCAAAUAAAAGUAACAGUCACAUCUCAACAUCAACUGUUCAGAGCAGACUGUGUGAAUCAGGCCUUCAUGGUCGAAUUGCUGCAAAGAAACCACUACUAAAGGACACCAAUAAGAAGAAGAGACUUGCUUGGGCCAAGAAACACGAGCAAUGGACAUUAGACCGGUGGAAAUUUGUCCUUUGGUCUGGAGUCCAAAUUGGAGAUUUUUGGUUCCAACCGCCAUGUCUUUGUGAGACGUGGUGUGGGUGGACGGAUGAUCUCCGCAUGGUGACACUGUCUGUGAUUUAUUUCGAAUUCAAGGCACACUUAACCAGCAUGGCUACCACAGCAUUCUGCAUCGAUACACCUUCCCAUCUUGUUUGGGCUUAGUGGGACUAUCAUUUGUUUUUCAACAGGACAAUGACACAACACACCUCCACUUUUUUGGUUACUACAUGAUUCCAUAUGUGUUAUUUCAUAGUUUUGAUGUCUUCACUAUUAUUCUACAAUGUAGAAAAUAGUAAAAAUAAAGAAAAACCCUUGAAUGAGUAGGUGUUCUAAAACUUUUGACCAGUAGUGUGUGUAUAUAUCUAGCUUUUCUCUUUUUGACCUAGGGCUAUAACAACUGGACCAAUGGCCUGUAUGGGUACUCCUGGGACAUGAUGGUCCACUCCCGAUCCCACCAGCAUGUCAAGAUCACCUACAGAGACGGAAAAACAGGAGAUAUCGGAUACCUCAACCCUGGGGUGAGCCAUUGAACUAUAAUACAAAUAUCGAAUCAGACUCCUAGGAAGGGUUAGAAAGCACGUGGAAAAAGGGAGGAACUCGGGGAGACAUGGGGAAUGUGACACUAGGGAUAAUAAGCUCAAGUCGAUUUAAUUAACCAUUCAACAUCCCAUUAAAACAAUAAUAGCAUGUUGGUUUCACUUUAAAUGAACUACAACAUACAGAAAUUCAUCAUAAGCCUACGUACAGUAGGACAGAGGUUGUUUGGAAAACCGGACAUGUUGGGAAUGGAGGUGGCUCGUGAUGUUCAUUCAUUUACUUUAAAAAAACAUAUCAAACCUUUAUAGAAAAAAUUGAUGGCAUAUUUACAUUUUACAAUUGAAUUAUUAACUUAUCUGUGACAAUAUCUGGGAGAAGGUGGAUCUGAGUACCUCAUACUGCAAAACUCAUGAAGGUGUUAUGACUGGUUCCAUAAAGGUGAAGCAAAGUGUUAAUGUUCUGUGGCACACCUGUAGGUGUUCACUCAGAGUCGGCGGUGGAAGGACCAUGGGGACAUGCUGAAGCAGUACGCCACCUGCCUGAGCCUCCACCUGCCUCACUACAACAUCUCUGACCCAGAGAUCUACUUCGACAUAUGGGUGUCCAUCAAUGAACGCUUCCAACAACGGUACUAGAUAGCCUUUCUGUGAUCUUUUACAUCCUCCAUAUAGAUAGAAAUGUUCUUCGCUGUACAGUUUGGUCUUGAAUUCUCUUUCCAUCCGUUAGGAUCUUUGACCCCCGUGUGAACAUUGUGAAGGCAGACUGGUCACCAUUCCGCCUAAAUCCCUGGCUCAUGCCUCUGCUGGUGGACCUCUCUCCCUGGAGGACCAAGUUCCAGGAGAUCGAAGGCUCGUUGGACAACCAGACAGAGAUAGUCUUCAUCGCAGACUUCCCAGGUUUGGGGUCUUCUCCCUCUCCCUCAUUGUUUUCCAUUGAGAGUAUUUAACAUGGUGAUCACUAGGUCCUCGCCCAAAGUCAAUUUAAAUAUAUAUUGUGUAUGUGUUGGUUCAUUUUGCCUCUAGGUCUCCACUUAGAGAACUAUGUCAGUGAGGACCUGGGCAACACCAGUGUUCAGGUGCUGCAGGGCCAGCUGAAUGUUGAGAUAGUGGAUGAGAAGAAGAACUACACGCUCCAACCUGGAGAGCAGAAGCAGGUAUGAUCCCUCAUCACCCCACCUGCUAUAGCCAGCCUGUAAUGACACCCUUCACCUGGAUGACAGCUGUACUGUAGUCAUUAUCAUGGGCUGAAACUUACUGCUAAACAUAAGGUUCACAUUCCAGUUGCCAUGCUGUGGCUAGGAGUACUCAUUGUGUGUGUGUGUGUGUGUAUGAGAGAGCAGCUUCCUGCUGGGGCCUACCAUAAGGUGUACACAGUGUCUGAGGGGCCGUCCUGCUACAUGUACAUCUACGUCAACACCACAGAGGCAGCGCUUCAGAGGAACUUCACUAAGCUGUUUGAGCUGCAGGAGCGGGUCCGCAACGGAACAGGUCAGGGCUUAAAUGUACACACGACAGCAAUUAACACAUACAACAGGAACUAACACACAUGAUGGAAGUGCUGAGCUAACACAGCGUUUCGCCCCACAGAAACCGAACCCCUCCCUCCAGAGCUCCAGCCACUCAUCACUGGAGAAAAUGAUGAGGGGUCAGAGGCCAAUGUGAUGGAUCCCGUCGUUCAGCUGUUCCUACGGCGACAGCGGAGAAUGAAAGAAGUAAAGAAGCGCAGGGAAGCCAAUGUGUACGAAAGGCUGAACCGGUUUACUGUGAAAAAGUACUACAUGUUGCGGCGAGCGUGAGUGUUGUUUUCAGUGCAACUACCAAAACUCAUGACAAAACCAUGCAAUUCCUCCUGUUUCCACUGGUAUCCUGCAGUGGCUUGGUUUAAUGUAGACAUUUGCUUUGUAGGAGUAAGUGUCAUAAACACAUGUGCCUUAUAUUUAGUCUGAGUGUACCAUGCUCUGUGUUGUAGGUUCCUGAUGACAGCCAUUGCAAUGCGUAACCUGGCGGUGGGCCUCCCUCCUCUGGAGCAGCUGACCAGGGAAGUGGCCUUCGCGAACAUGAAGGAACCAGAGACGGAGGCCAACCAGGACCUCAAGGAUGAAGUCGGCCACGAUGAGCUCUAGGAGUGUGUAAAUCAUUUUUAAGUGAAUGUGCUUGGAUGACAGUGAGAAUACGCUAGUCUGUUACUACACUGGGUACACCAACCCAGUAAGCCAAAGGAUUUUCAUUUGAAUGGUUUUGAACAUUUGGAAAUGUUUGAAAUUAUGCAGGGGCAACUUUCUGAUUGUCUUAUGACUGAUCUUCCUGUUUAACUGAAAAAAUACAUUCCUAGGUUGUGCAAGAUCACAUUGUUCAUUUUGGUCUUAUUUCUAUAUUGCCAGAAGUAUUAUAAUUUUAAAUCCAACAUGCACCUUCACAAAAUGUAUCUCUUUGCUAUACCUAACUUUAAUUAGGUAUUUUUUUUUAUUGAGACUGACUCCAGUUGUGAAAAGUGGUAGAGCUGAACUUUAUAUGCUACAGGUAACUGCCAAAAUCUUAAAACCCCCGAAGUUCGAUGUCCACUCCCCCGCAGAAAUCGAAUUAGCAUAAUACAACUCUUAUGGGUUAAUAGGGUGUUGGGCCACCAUGAGCCAGAACAGAUUCAAUGCACCGUGGCAUAGAUUCUACAAGUGUCUGGAGCUCCAUUGGAGGGAGGCGACUCCAUUCUUCAACGAGAAAUUGUUGAUGGUGGUGGAAAACACUGUCUCUGGCGCUGCUCCAGACUAUUC